AUGCAGUGUCCCGGCGCCGAGUACCUGUUUUCUGCAGAGAGAACCCCCCGGAAAAGAGAGUGGAGACCUCAGAUUUAUAGGAAGUGCACAGAUACGACAUGGCUAUUCCUCUUCUUUCUCUUUUGGACUGGUUUGCUGUUCAUCAUGGGCUACUCGAUGGUGGCGGGAGCCACGGGAAGACUCCUCUUUGGCUAUGACAGCUUUGGCAACGUGUGUGGCAAGAAGAACUCCCCUGUAGAAGGGGCCCCUCUUUCAGGGCAGGACAUGACCCUGAAAAGACACGUAUUCUUUAUGAAUUCCUGCAACCCGGAAGUCAAGGACGUGAGGCUCAGUUCCACCAUCCUGUGCGUGUCGAGCUGUCCUGAAGAGCAGCUUGAUACCCUGGAAGAGGUCCAGCUCUUUGCAGACAAGAAUGGGUCUUUCCUGUGUGUUUACAGUUUGAAUUCCAUCAACUACACCCAGAAUCCAAAUGCAGACUCAUUGUGUCCCAGGCUGCCCGUUCCUCCGAGCAAGUCUUUCCCCUUGUUUAACAGAUGCGUCCCUCAAACACCGGAGUGCUAUUCCUUGUUUGCAUCUGUUUUGAUAAAUGAUGUUGACACCCUCCAUCAAAUUCUAAGUGGAAUAAUGUCAGGAAGAGACACAAUCCUUGGUCUGUGUAUCCUCGCAUUAGCCUUGUCUUUGGCCAUGAUGUUCACCUUCUGGUUCAUCACCACCCUUCUGGUUCACAUUUUCAUUGCACUGAUUAUUUCGGGACUGCUGUUUGUCUGUGGUGUCUUAUGGUGGCUGUAUUACGACUAUACCCAUGACCUCAGCAUAGAAUUGGACACAGAAAGGGAAAAUAUGAAGUGUUUGCUGGGGUUUGCUCUUGUAUCUACAGUAAUGACGGCAGUUCUGCUCAGCUUGAUUUUUGUCUUCAGAAAGAGAAUAAAAUUGACAGUCGAACUUUUCCAAGUCAUAAAUAAAGCCAUCAGCAACUCUCCAUUCCUGCUGUUCCAACCACUAUGGACUUUUGCCAUCCUCAUUUUCUUCUGGGUCCUCUGGGUGGCCGUGCUCCUGAGCCUGGGAACUGCAGGAGCUGCACAGGUUAUUGAAGGUGGCCAAGUGGAAUAUAAGCCUAUUUUAGGCAUUCGGUAUAUGUGGUGGUACCAUUUGAUUGGCCUCAUCUGGACUAGCGAAUUCAUCCUUGCGUGCCAGCAAAUGACUGUAGCCGGCGCACUUGUUACUUGCUAUUUCAACAGACUCUGUGGGACGCACACAGGGGCUGUAGCCCUUGGCCUUGAGAACCUCUGCGCCCCUGGGGGUGGGUGGCAUGUGCCGCUUGCUCCUGAGUAUGGGAGCAAAGAUUAUUUUAACCACAUUGGCCAGCAGCAUAAUGCAUGGUCGACGCACAUGUUCAGAUGCUGCUUCUGCUGUUUCUGGUGUCUUGACAAAUGCCUAUGCCAUCUCAACCAGAAUGCGUACGCUGCAACUGCCAUUAAUGGGACAGAUUUUUGUACAUCAGCAAAAGAUGCGCUCAAACUCUUAUCCAAGAAUUCAAGUCAUUUCACAUCUGUUAACUGCUUUGGAGACUUCAUAAUUUUUCUAGGAAAGGUGUUGGUGAUGUGUCUCACUGUUUUUGGAGGACUGAUGGCAUUUAACUACAACCGUGCCCUCCAGGUGUGGGCAGUCCCUCUGCUGCUGGUUGCUUUUUUUGCCUACUUUGUAGCCCACAGUUUCUUAUCUGUGUUUGAAACUGUGCUGGAUGCACUCUUCCUGUGUUUUGCUGUUGAUCUGGAAACAAAUGAUGGAUCGUCGGAAAAGCCCUACUUUAUGGACCAAGAGUUUUUGAGUUUUGUAAAAAGGAUCAACAAGUUAAAAGACACGAGGGCACAGGGGGAGGAGAACUCACUAAGGAACGAGGAGGGAACAGAACUCCAGCCCGUUGUGUGA